AUGAGCAUCAAAUCUUGGAAAUGUGUUUUUUAUUCUGUUGUAUUUAAUUUUCUUGUCAUAUUUUUGGACAUAAGGACAGGUGCAACACUGGAAGGUUCCUCUAUGGGGCCUCUAAGUCUGCCUUUUAGUCAGGAGCCUGCAGGGUUUCCAAGCAUCGUUCGUGUAUCUGACAUGAAGGUGUCUCAUGAAGGCCACGCAGUUAUCUCUCGACGGAAAAGGAACAUCCUUUUCCCAAGCGGAGUCAAACUGUGUGCACAAGAGACCCCUGAGCAGGUUGUUGCAAACCAUCUGAGCUACUUUCAUCUCAGAGUCUGCCAGGAGACCAUAUGGGAGGCUUUCAAGAUCUUCUGGGAUCGCCUCCCAGAGCAGGAAGAGUACCAAAGCUGGAUGAGCCAAUGCCAGGAAGGCACGGUUACAGCACAAUAUAUUGGCAGCUACUUCAGCCAGUCAGAGGAGCACCAGGCUCUGGUUAAAAAGAGGUUGUCAAUGCCAGGUUUGAAAAGUGAGCCCACCAGGUCCUGGCAGCAUAUGUGCAGCACUCCAACGCCAGUCACAUCGGAAGCUGCUGAAGCUCCCGAGCUAGAAGACGUAGCUAAAGGAGAGGAAGCAGCCACCAUUGUCCCAGAGGUGGAGGACAGUACACUGGACAAUGACAUUGCCUUGCAGCCUCCCACACCCACUUUGCUGGAGCAGGUGGUGGAGCUCAGCAUCCUCCUGACUGGAGAGGUGUACAGCGACGACCUCAAGGAUCCGGCCAGCCUGCAGUUCCAAACGCUCAGCAGACAGCUCGCUGAAAAGAUAGAGGAUGCUCUGGAGGGGCUUCCUGGGUUUAAGAGUGUGUCUGUGCUGGACUUCAGGCCCCAGAAAGACACGCAUGGGCUGGAUGCAGUGGUUGUGGACUAUGCUGUCACAGUGGUGGUGGAUGGAGCAGGGGUGAGCAAUGAACAACUGGACUACCUGACCUUGCAGUCGAACCGGGUGGAGAACUCGUACCGUGAGGUCAAGGAGCGCCCCACGCUGGUGUACACCAUCAGCGAGGUCAAAAACUUUGUCACUGAAGCCCUGCAUAACAACGAGCUAGAGAGUGUGUCUGAGAUCCCUGAAUCUGUCAACACUGCAGACGGAGCCAUGGUCAGUGUUGUCGAUGAGCCACCAGAGGUCACGAUCCCAGAAGAGGACGCCAAAGACGACGUCCUUCCUGAAAAUGACGUCAUUGUUCUGGAGGAGAGCACUGUUGUAUCUCCUGCUCCUGUACUGACCACCACUGCACCUGAAGCUGACAGCAUUGAAGAGGAGGGUCUGUUGCUGGAGGACACUGUGCAGACUCCUGCUGUGGAGAAACCCCCACCAGGGGAGCUUCCAGCUGAACUUCCAUCUCCUGAGCUGCCAGAGGAAGUCACACUGCCUGAACCACCGGUGGAGAUCGAGGCCUCUGGCUCAGGCACGGGCGACCUGGAGGACCUGCUUCAGCCAACUGCUGCCACAGGAGAAGAAGAGGACACUGCUUCAGAAGAUGGACUGAUAACAGAAGAUGCUACUGUAGACACAGAUGCUAUAUCUGAAGCUGACACAAAGCAGGCAGAAAUUCCAGAGGUGCUGGAGAUCUCCACAGUUGCAACCGAGACCACAGAAGACAAAGACUUGGCUGCCUUAGUCCCACCUCCUGAGGCUGUGGAUGUGGCGAGCGAAGCAUCAGAACCAGAGGCAGCCGAAACGGGUCUGCUUCCUGUUGAUGAAGAAUCGGUGGGGUUUGAAGAUUCAAACCCCACCGAUGCUCCACCUGCAGAUGAGGUGAUAAUCCCAGAAGAUGCAGCCAUAAAUGUGGUAAAUCCUGAACCAUCUGAAAAUGGCGAGGAAUCGGUGAGUGAAGAUCCAGAAACCCCUGAAGCUCCGGUUGUAGAGAAAGAGGUCCCAGAAGCUCCUGAAAUCUUAAGAGAAGAUCUCACAGAGGAUGAGAUCUUACUGGUGAACAAGGAUGAACCAGAACCACCAGUGACAUAUUCUCUGAGUCCUGUCGAACCAACCGCGCUGUCUCCAGAGAGGGAGUCACCUUUCACCCUUAUCUCUGAAGUUAACUCUGCCCCCGAGGAGCAACCUGACGAAUUCAUCCCCACAUUGGUGGAGAUCCAGACCUCUAACGAAGGCUUGGAUGAUUUUACCAAUGGAGACCAGGGCUUUGAUAUAGUUCAUUAUGGUUAUGGUUUGAUUAACCACACAGAGGAGGGCAGCACUGGAUUCCCUUUUGGUGUGGCACACGGCACAGACCAGGCCAGUAUUGCCAUGCCUGUGAACCCUGGACGAGCACUGAUGGUGUUUUUCAGCCUGAGGGUGACCAACAUGAUCUUCUCAGAGGAUCUCUUUAACAAGAGCUCCCCAGAGUACAAAGCUUUGGAGCAACGCUUUCUAGAGCUGCUUGUGCCCUACCUGCAGUCCAACCUGAGUCACUUUGAGAACCUGGAGAUAUUAAACUUCAGGAACGGCAGCAUUGUGGUCAACAGCCGGAUGAAGUUUGGGAAACCUGUGGCUCGUGGCGUCACCACCACUGUCUAUCUGAUCCUGGAAGAUUUCUGUAACACAGCCUACCAGACCAUGAACCUGGCCAUUGAUAAGUACUCUCUGGAUGUUGAGUCGGGUGACCAGGCCGACCCCUGUAAGUUCCAGGCGUGUAACGAGUAUGCCGAGUGUAAGGUGAACAAGUGGUCGGGGGAGGCAGAGUGUGUCUGUAACGCUGGCUACUUCAGCGUGGACGGCCUGCCCUGUCAGAGUAUCUGUGAGCUGCAGACUGACUUCUGCCUCAAUGACGGCAAGUGCGACAUCAUCCCAGGCCAGGGAGCCAUCUGCAGGUGUCGCGUUGGGGAGAACUGGUGGUACCGAGGAGAACACUGUGAGGAGUACGUAUCUGAGCCGCUGGUGGUCGGCAUAGCAAUCGCCUCAGUAGCUGGCUUCCUACUGGUGGCCUCCGGAGUGAUCUUCUUCCUGGCCAGGACGUUACGGGAUCAGUAUGACAAGGAUGAGUCGGAGGACCCCAUUAGGCGAGCAGAGAGUCUCCCAUCUCUAGAGAGGGCGACCAAAUACAAUCCCAUGUAUGAGAGUGAGGCCACCACAGGCUACAGCCACUACUACCGCCGCUAUCCUGAAGCUCCACUGUACAGCAGUGCCAGCGCUGAGGCCUCCACUGACUUCAGCAGUGAGGAGAUACGACACAUCUAUGAGAACAGUGAACUCACCAAGGAGGAAAUCCAAGACAGGAUACGCAUCAUUGAACUCUACGCUAAGGACCGGCAGUUUGCAGAUUUUGUACGGCAGCAUCAAGCUGUCCUGGAUACCCGCAGAGAGAGCUCUUCUACACAGACAUGAAACUCCGCUGUGAACAACAAGGUUCUCAGAUCCUGGACUGCACUGUUUAAAAGGACCGUCAUUCAGUACACUAUUAUUAUCCCAUUGAAGGGCCCCUCUCUGCGUCUGUCCCUGCCUGUGUAGGCAGAGGUGUUGACUGUUCUUCUUCCUUCCUUGGUGCCUUCUCUCGACCGGGUGAGCUGACUGUGACAUCAAGGGACGUGUUUUGCUGCUCAUCUACUGGAUGUCUCCCUUUGGGGAA